UUGCGCUUCAUUGUGUACGAGGCUUCUCCUAGUUGAGGUGAAUUCGCUGACAGAGCACCAGUUGUUUUCGUGGGCAGAUGUGCGCACAUCAGUAGGUGCCACCUACAGAAAAACUGGACUGAAGUGGGACACCUUUAAUUCGAAUGCUAAGGAAAAUUCGAUGACACGGACUCUUAUCGCUAGUAUAAACUGACAUUUUUGGCAUGCGCUCGGCCACCAAUCACUACAGAUAGACUCCACCAGACACCUCCAGCAGUGAUGGCUGCGCUCCCCUCUGGAGGGAGAGUGAUCGUCAUGCUCCUCAUUAGCAGGAUGUUAGAGAACUCGCUGCUCAGCGCUGAAGUGAAGGAGGGAGAGAUUCUGCCUCCCACCAUUCAGAAACUGAUGAAAGGAUACAACAAGUACCUCAGGCCUUUCUUUGACAAUGGGCCAGUGACUGUGGGCAUGAGUUUGGAUAUUGCCAGCAUUGACACCAUAUCAGAGAUCAACAUGGACUACACGGCCACUAUCUUCCUGCGUCAGCGCUGGACAGACGAGCGCCUGGUGUUUGAGGGGAACAAGAGCCUGAGUCUGGACGGCAGGCUGGUGGAGCUGCUCUGGGUACCAGACACUUUCAUCGUAGACUCCAAAAAGUCCUUCCUCCAUGACAUCACUGUGGAGAACAGGCUGAUCAGGAUCUUCCCCAAUGGAACGGUGCUCUAUGCCCUGAGGAUCACCACCACUGUGGCCUGCAACAUGGACCUGACCAAAUACCCCAUGGACAAGCAGACCUGCACUCUGCAACUAGAGAGCUGGGGCUACAACAUCAAUGAUGUGAUGUUCUACUGGACCAGAGGGAAUGAGUCGGUCAGUGGUUUGGACACGCUGCGUCUGGCUCAGUACACAGUAGAGGACCACUACACCUCUGCAUCUGAGGCCAUCUAUGAAACAGGCCACUACCCCAAGCUGAUCUUCCACUUUGAGCUGAAGAGAAGCAUCCUGUACUUCAUCCUGGAGACGUACGUUCCCUCCAGCCUGCUGGUGGUCCUGUCCUGGGUCUCCUUCUGGAUCAGCCAGUCUUCCGUCCCUGCAAGGAUCUGUAUCGGAGUGACCACGGUUCUGACGAUGACCACGUUGAUGAUGGGUGCCAGGACGUCCCUGCCCAACGCCAACUGUUUCAUCAAGGCCAUCGACGUGUACUUGGGCAUCUGCUUCAGCUUCAUCUUCGGAGCCCUGAUCGAGUAUGCCGUGGCCCACUUCUGCACCCUUAACCACCCCAACGCCAACAUUGUCAUGUACGGUCACCAGAUGGGAGGCUUUGACGAGGAGAUGAACGGCAUGGUCACCACCAUCGCUGCUGAAAACAACAGGGCCAAGAGGCGUAAGGAGAAAGCUGCUGCAGAUGCUGCAGCCUUGGCGCCCACAGCAGAGCUGGAACUUUGCCCCUCCAGCCCCACUGGCAGUGAACCCAAGCCUGAGGCACCUGAGGAGCCCACCAACCGCUGCCUCAUUGUCCUGGUCCUCCUCCGUAAGGUCCUGCGCAAAGCUGCAAACUGUUGCCAUGUGGAGAAUCCCCACUUAAUAGACAACUACUCCAGGAUGACCUUCCCCCUCUCCUUUGUAUUUGUCAAUCUCCUCUAUUGGACAUACUACCUGUACUUGUAAUCACAGGGGUGUGGAACUGUGUUUGGGUAUGUGUGUGUGUGGGUGUCUGAAGAUGUGUGUUUCUGUCUGUGAUUCAUUCAUGUGUUUUUUCUCAAACAAUGCACAUUUUACAUUCAUGAGUGAGGCAUAGUCAACAUCCUUAGGGGAAUCAAAUGUCCAUGACACAUUUAUUAUACCUUAUUUAGCUCAUUACUGCUUUCAUAAUUGAUUGAUUUCCAUGUUGUUCUUUUAUUGGUCAUAGACGACCUACAGAUGUAGGAUCUUAAUUUGAGCCAGUUUUCUACAGCAGAAAAAUAAUCCUGCAGCAACAGGAAAUGUGAAUUAUUAUAUGGACUAUAAUUAAUGACAUUUUUGUGUAGGGGUUGAAACAUUUUCAUUAAAGUAUAAAUUACAAACUUUAGAAGCCUUGAAAUGCAGGAAAAUUCUCAGCAUCAAUAGAGAUCAAAUUAAGAUCCUAAAUCUGUAUGGCCGGCACAGAGCAGAGGAGUAAAUGGCUGGUUGUGCUGUGUAAUGGUGUAAUGUUUAUGACUGAGUUUCUCACUGCGAAGGGAAACCUCCAGAGCGCCUCUGGGUUAGUCCGAAUAGCCUUGGCCUCUCUCUAUCUCUAUCUCUAUCUCUACCUCUACCU